ACGCAGCAUGCAAGACAGUGAAGGACGACAGAAAGUAGCUUGGGAUGAUUUAAGUCAAAUAUAAAGGUUGGUUUAAUGUUUCCGAUACACUGGACUGUAUCGCAGAUUUGACACAGAAAAAAGGACCAGUUUUGUUUCGCUUAUUAUCACGGAACACAAAAGGUGGAUCCGGUGUUUGAAGUGAAUUAUUGAACCGGGUUUACCUCAUUUACUUGAAGCUAGCCAUAGCUCACGCUGACUUUCCGUUUGGACGUUGUUAUGAUGGCGGUGUCGUGUCUAACGCGAGCUCUGCGGUCCCUCGCUCUCUCCCAGCCUGCCCUGCUGUCCUCGCAGGUAGUCGCACAGACCAAGCUGGGAACUGUGCUGCCCAGUUCAUUCGGACAGUUCAGGGGCUUCCUGACCACAGCCUCCCUGGAGCAGAACAGGACGUACUGGAAGCAGAUGGAGAAGUACACCACAAGACCUAUUGGAAUAAAAAAGAGAGGAGGCAGAGAUCACACAGGAAAGAUCCGGACGCAUGGAAUCGGCGGUGGUCAUAAACAGAAGUACCGGUGCAUAGACUUUCAACGACUACGCUACGAAGAAGGCAAUGAUGGCCGUCCUUUUGAAGAGAAGGUUGUUGAAGUGCGAUAUGACCCAUGCAGGUCUGCUGACAUUGCACUGGUAGCUGGAGGCAACCGGAAAAGAUGGAUUAUUGCUACAGAAAACAUGCAGGUUGGAGACAUCAUUAAAUCAUCUGGAGUUAUUGGACGCAUGGCAGUCUCGGCCAAUGAGGGCGAUGCGUACCCACUGGGAGCUCUUCCUGUGGGGACACUGGUGAACAACCUGGAGGUACAACCAGGAAAGGGAUCUGAGUACAUUCGUGCUGCAGGUACGAGUGGCGUUCUGCUCCGUAAAAUCAACGGGACAGCAAUCGUUCAGCUUCCGUCGAAGCAGCAGGUUCAGGUACUGGAUACCUGCACUGUCACAGUGGGACGUGUAUCCAACCCUGACCACAAUAAACAGAUUAUCGGCAAAGCUGGUCGCAAUCGCUGGCUCGGCAAGCGCCCUUCAAGCGGCAAGUGGCAUAGAAAGGGAGGUUGGGCUGGACGCAAGAUUAAACCUCUGCCUCCGAUGAAGAGUUACGUCAACCUGCCCUCAAUCGCAGCUAAAUAACACAACAUGAGCCUGGACGCGUUUGGGACUGGAGAUUUGUUGUCUCUCGCUUGUAAUCACCUUGUAUGUGUUCCCGACAGUGAAAUUAAACUGAUUGUUCCACAGGAAACAUGAAUAAAGAUGAGCUGUUUGUACAGAAGAUUAAAAAUUUUAUUAAACACAA